CUGUUGGAACUGGAUUAGGUGGCCGAGGACCUGGAAGUCCGGGCUUCCCUACUGAGACUGCUGCCCCACGGACCCGGAUAAGGGGAAGAAAAUAGAUGGAUGGAUGGAAUCCUACUUUGCGGAAAUUGCUUAUCACGGUCGGGUCAGGGAACAAUUAAUCACGAUAAACUAGGGAUGAUUUCUUAUCUCCACCAACUCCACUUCUCACUCCUGACUCAUCUUAUUUUUCUUUUACUUCUUCCCGUCAUGCCUCCUAUAAAUAAAUGACUGCGGCGGUCUAUCAAUUAGUGCGAGUUUUAUUAAGCCACGCGUCGUCAAUAACAUAUCUUCGUCGACAUAUUUUUAUAAUCAUUGGUGAUGUCGACCAAUUGUUGCAGCCCAAGUGGAAAUGAUUAGCAUAUAUUUCCAUAAUGCUAGAUGAAGGGCACAGAAUAAACAUGCUUCACACUGACAUUGGCAGUACUUGGCAAGAUUAGACACAAUAAGCUGCUUUACUUUGAGAAUAGCAACAAUAAGAAGCUGGAGUCUGCAAACGCAGACAGUGAGGAGGAGCUGCAGCUGCUCUCUUCAAACGUGGCACUUUUAUCGUAUCCAUCAGCAAGAUUUGGCAUUAGGAGUUGAUGUGAGGCUGCAGUGGAUUUAUGAAUGGGAAACAGAAGGAGGAGGAGCUACAGCAGGAGGAUGAAGAACUCCAGCAGUAGUAAAAAAUCUGACGUGAAUGGCGUCUUUUGGACGAACAGGCUUACUCCAUCGGCUCAAGUGCUGAAGCAAAAGCCUGCCGCACAAUGGGUGGGUAUAAUAGCAAAAAAUCAACAAAAUAAAUCAACAGUAUGGAAACAACGUAUUCCAUGCAUAGUUCUGAGAGGGCAUACUCUCAAAAUGAUGCCACUUUCUCCUCCUUCUUCAGUCUCCGACCGGUUUUGAUUUUCAGUGGUGAAGAAUGUAAUAAAAGGAGAGUGUCAUGCCAUACAUUUUUCCAAAACACAACCAAAGUAACAGCGUGUGUUAUAAAGAAGAACCAGUGAGGGAGAAACGACUGAAAGCAGGUCAGAAGCCAAGUACUUACGCCUCAACAACAGAGCACACACUGAGAGGAGUGAAGAUUGUGACAUCUGUGUCUGUCGACAACAUGGAAGAAACACUCCGAAAGAUUACAUUUCAGCAGUCACGUCAACCCUUAUGUGAAAAUCCUCAUCAUUCCCUCUUAGAAGUUACGAACAGCAUAAAUAUUAACUGCACUGGCCUGCAUGUGAAGCUUGAAAUGAAAGAAAUCAUUCAGCACAAUACGCUUGGCAUCCAGACCACGCUGGUUAUCCAUGAAAAGGGAGACGAUACUGACAAAUGUGUCAAGAGCACAGCUGAGAAGAAUGAAACACAUGAGAAACAUCACACGUCACAUGAUACCUUCAAUAGCACAAGUGAAGAUGGAACAAAUGAUCCAAUAUGUGCAACUAACAAUUCAAACUGGGAUCAGCACCAACAAAUAUCAACAAGCCUAGAAACGCUGAUGAAAGCCAACCCUUCACGAAAGGAGAGACUUUUACGUAGAAGCUUCAGUAAUGAUCUCUUUUGGAACGUUCAACCUCAGGAGCUUGCAGACAUGAAAUAUAACACUCUCGAAGACCUAGCAUAUGGUCUGGCCUCCUUUAAGAUCAGUUCCAGCUACAAAGCUGAUGCACAACAAGGAAGGUUUGACCCAACACCCUUUUCAAACUGUAGCGAAGAAGCUGGAAGACCGUCUUCUGUAGAAGCAAAGGGAAAGGCUUCAUUUGAAGAGUUCCCACAGUCUGGCAGCUAUGAGUCCAUGAGGCCUUGGUUAUCAACUACCAGCUGCGGCUUUGUGAACGAUUUAACUAAUUGCCAAAAGGGCAAACCCUGGAUUCCGAACAACAGCACUGCAGGACACAGAGAAGUUCUGUUUCCACCAAGAAGAUGUCAGACAUUUCCUUGCAUGUCCAAAGCUGCAAGCUUGAUGCAAGAGGACCCUCUCCUCCACUACGGCAAGCAAUUUUCCACAGGAACUGUCUCCCAUGUGAUCACAUUUCCUCUUCAAACGAAUAGUUUGGGAAUAGCAGUCAGCCAUGAUGGAAAGCCCACACCUUCUUCCAUGACCUGCAAUGAAGAUAAUCCCAAUGAUGAGAUUACUGUCAGUGACAAGAAUAGCCUGCUGCAAGACCCUGAUGAUUGCGCUGAUAAAGUAUAUAAACAUGAGAUGGCAGACAGUGACUUGGACCAGGAAAUGGGAGACCUGGAGUGCCACAGUCCAGACCUGGCUGCAGGCCAGCAGAGUGGAAGAGCACGAGCCAUUGAGGUCACUCCUCCAUCCUGCAGUGGAUCAGAGGAACACGCGGAGCAAAGCAGACCACUCUUGUCACUUCACAACAAUGAAGUUCAAAUUGAAAAGUCAAUUGCUGAGGCAAAAACUAGUUUACCAGAGCAAAGGUUCCUGCAGAUGCAUUCUAGCUUGGGACUGGGGAGCUGUGUGCAGAAACACGUUCGUCCUUCUUCUGACGUGUCACUUUUGGACAACAUAAAUGGCCCUUCAUUAAGCAGCAAUGACGACAUUCACCUUAAAGCACCUUCUGAAAGAACCGCAGAUACCACCCUGGCUUUGAGGAAUGAAAAGACAAGGAGUAGGCAGGAUGAGUGCAAUAAACCUGCACUGUCUGCGUCAUGUGCGGGGCAGACAAAAGAACAUCCCAAUAAAAGCGACAAGCCCGUAUCCAGAUGUUCCCUGGAAUCCAAAGAUCACCUGACACUUGUUAGCCUCAGAGAUGCAGACUGCAGUAUGUCGGACUCGUGGGCCAGGAGGCGCAAAGCGUUCGAGGAGAGCAAGCAGCGGGGCUCUGCGGGAGGAAGCUCCUUUACCAGUGAUGUUACAGAAGAAACAGAGCGGAAACGGGAUUGGAAAGUCUCAUACAGGCUUUGUGAAGUGGUUGUGAAACCGGGCUGCAACACUUUCAUCCAAAACCUUGGAGAGGAUGUGUCUGAGGACACACACACCAUGGACAUGGCAACUUGCGUCAGUGAAGACAGGGGCUUCUAUGCAGAGACUUUCCACUCGGCUGCAUGGAUAUACCAAGGAGAUAACGCCGAUCCUUCCGGGCUCCGCAGUAGAAGUCGAGCUGUUUCAAUUCGGGAGAGGACCGUCAAGAUCAACAAAAGGACAGGAGAGUAUCCUUGGGGCUUUCGAAUACAGUUCUCCAAACCCAUUGUGGUCACAGAAGUCGACACAAACGGGGCAGCAGAGGAAGCAGGUCUGAUGGUCGGCGACUAUGUCCUGGCUGUCAACGGAACAGAUGUCAGGAUUUCUCACUCGGAGGCUGCUGAUUUGGUUCGGCAAGGUCCAGAUGAGCUCGUGCUGACUAUCGGGUCAGAUAUUGCUCAUAGUCCGAAUACUCCGAGACCGGCGUGCCGUGGUUAUCUUCAUAAGCGUACCCAGUCUGGUCUGAUUAAAGGCUGGAGGAAGAGGUGGUUUGUACUAACGCAUGAGUGCUGCCUUUACUACUACAGACACAAACGGGAUGAAGGCAAGAGUCAGGCCUUAGCGGCUUUAAAGAUGGAAGGGGCUGAGGUGGGCCUGGAUUUUUCCCUGGGGAAACCCUUUGUGUUAAAGUGUCGUCCUCUGGCUGGUAAUCGAGUGUUCUACCUCUGUGCUACUUCCAACCAGGAAAUCAAAAGGUGGCUGGAAGCUAUGGACAGUGCUAUUCAUCCAAUAAUACAGCACCACGUGUGGGUGGAUGUCACCAGACACAACGGGAGUCUGCCCCCACUGGCUGUGAAAAGCCCCGAGAGCCUGGGGUUGCUUCAUAAAAUGGACAAGAGCAAGGACGUGUGGGUGCAGCACUACUGCAUCUUAAAGGAUGGUUGCCUCUACUUGUACAGCGGGAUCCGUGCAACCCAUGCACAUGGUGGAAUCUACCUGCAGGGAUACACGGUGCGAGAGCAGCCAUUUGGAAGCAAGAAAUCCACCAUUGAGCUGAAGCCCCCAUCUGAUGAGUUCAAGACUUUCUACUUCUGUGCAGAGAAUCCAAAUGAGAAUAAACGAUGGAUCGUAGCUUUGAAAGCGUCGAUAAAGAAGUGGCUGCCUUUGCAUCGGGCCCUUCAGGACAACAUGAAUGGGUCGCCAGAGGCCCCAAGAACCUAACAACAGUGUGAGAUCAUCCAACAGUAGAUUGUCAAAUGCAAUGACAAAUAUGUGUAAUGAGCAAAUGUUUUUUUUUUUUUGUUUAUGAGGCGUUUUUCUACAUUUUAUUAUUUAAACUACUGUAUUUACAAAAAAUCUGUUCUUUAUUCACGUUCACAUUCUUUCUUCAUAAUAAAUGUACUUUUAGGAUCUUCUAAGCUAAAUUAUAUACAGAAAACAAUAAAACACACAUAAAAGUCA